AUGACGCCCCGUCAUCAACAUCUGCUGGGACUCCUCGCGACGGCUGGAGGAUCGCUCACCUUCGUGGUGGUGGUUGUGGCCAUCGAGUGGCUGGAGCGACAAGAGUGGCCUGCCCUAGCAAUGCUUGGGCUCGCCAAUAGUGUCGUUACCAUCGGUUUGCUGGCCUUGGUGCGACAACGAAAAAUUCAGUGGCCGACCAAGAACAACCAGCGGAUCUGGCUCUUUGCCAGGGGCGUUUCCAGCGUCGUCGGACUGGUAUGUGCUGUGUUGGCUACCUUCUUCGACUGCCCAGCAGGUGAUACGAUGGCAAUCUCGAGCACCAACGUGUUCGCAUCGGCUGUACUUGGAUGCUUGUUGUUUGGAGAAGCCUUCGGGAAGCUGAAGAUUGCUUCCGUGUUCGUGACCACCUUUGGGGCAGUUCUGGUCGCGAAGCCAGAGUUUAUCUUCACCUCUGUGACAGAGCAGCCCUAUCUCGGCUACAUCUUUGCUGCUGCCUCGGGAUUGGGACUGAGUGGUAUCAUUGUGUGCUGCAGAAAGCUCGGGAACGAGGUAUCGCCCGUGAUUUCCUCCAUUUCCUCGACAUCGCAACGUGGUGCCUCGCUGCUCCUUCUCGCAGUGCUACCUUUGUGGGAGCGGGACCUUACCUCCUCCCUGGAGAAGCUCUACGAUCAUGCCGGCUGGGCCGUUCUCUGGGUCCUCGGCGUGGCCAUCGUGCUUGCUGUACAGGCCACUCUCUUAAGCUUGGGCUCUUCCAUGGCACCUGCAGGCGCCUCCGGAGUCGUCGUGACAUGCGGAGACAUUUUCUUCGGCUAUAUCGGACAAAUCCUGGUCUUUGGCAUCCUCCCUGAUGCGGUGACGCUAGCAGGAGUGGUUCUGCUUGUUGGCUCCGUGCUGAUGAUCAUGAUGGAUACGGUCACAGCCACAUCUCCCCUUACCCCCUUGGAGCCCGAAGCUACCAAGGCUUCCCAUGACGGCCCUUGUGAGAAGGAUGCCGGCUCUCCGCCAGAAGAAGUCUGCAAGCAUCCACCCAAUAAGGUUGCCUGUGCUGCGUGCUUGCCAUGGUAG